CAAUAAAUGUUAAAGAAUUCAGUAUCUGAGCGAUGUGAUUACAUCACUGAUAUAAUCACAUCAACAGCUGUGAUAGCGGGUUGAUAAACAGCAAGAGCAAAAGUUUUAUGCACCUUUGCUGCUGUGGAGUUUUAAGAGAAAAGAUUUUAUGCACAAUGGUCUCACUUUUUCUCUGCGAGGACUGCAACCUGGGCACAAAAUCUGGUACUUUUCUGAGCACAGUGUUUAAUCUAAGAUGUAUCUUGUAUUAUAUUGUUGUCUUGUAGCUUGUUGUAUACCCUUAUUUUUGUCUGUUAUCUCUUUAAAUCUAACAAGCACUAGUCUUUUAGUGACCCACAGUUAUAACAAUGUUUUUGUGGUCCAUAAAACUGUGAAGUAUCUGAUAAAGAAGAAAAAAGAGAUUACCAAAGGCCUUCCUUCUCCAUUUACUGUUAUUUUGACACAGUUGUUCUUAUACACUUAUGUAAUUCCCUUUUUGUGUCAUUAGAACUGUUUCAUCAGUUUCUCCUCUAACUGUGUAAACGUAUUUCUUGCAAACAAGAUUACAUGCAGAGAACAAGACUUCAAACACAUACUCGAAGAGAAUCGUUUUACAUUCUCAUUGUGUAGAUAAAUGUGCACUGUGUCAGUCACAUUCACUCAUUGUUCUCCAUUAAUGCAAUCAUACUAUUGUUCUUAUUAAUCACUGUUCUUUGGUGGCUGUGUAGUCAUCUAUAUAAAUGGGUAGGUGUAUAAUUUGUACAUUUAGCAGAAAGGAACAAGUGAAAUCAUAAAAAUAAAAAAGACCAAAAGCAGAGGCUAUAAAUAACUCCACAUUACUAAAUAAAAGCCACGGGACUGCAGUCUAUUAACGGUUGCUAUUUCAAAUAGAAUUAUGUUUCAGUCUCUUUUUUUCUUCUUUUUAAGCAAUAAGUGAUCAUCACAUCUUUCAGUAAGGCUUUGUGGACUGGUGAAGGAAGAGCUGCACAGUAUGGAGGCAAAACGAUCUGAAACGUCCCCCCAGGAAAGUCCACGACCACGAUGGAGCAUAAGCUCCAGCUCGGGACUACAAUAUGGCUCUCUUGUGAACAGUGUCUCAUCACUUUCACCAAUUGUAGCAGAGAAACCAGCCAUAUCACCUACACAGGCUUAUGUAACCAUAGCUGUGCUCUGCUAUGUUAACUUAAUCAACUACAUGGAGCGAUACACAAUACCAGGUGUCCUCACCGACAUAAAGAAUUUCUUUUCUAUAAAUGACAGUACAGUUGGACUUCUGCAAACAGUUUUCAUUUGCAGUUUCCUAUUUCUGGCGCCUCUCUUUGGUUACCUUGGAGACCGCUAUAAUCGCAAAUACAUCAUGAUUGGCGGCUUGAGUGUGUGGCUUCUGACUGCAGCCUGCAGCUCUUUUGUCACAAAGUCGCAAUUCUGGCUUCUUAUUGUGCUGCGAGCGCUGGUUGGUAUAGGAGAGGCCAGCUACUCUACCAUUGCUCCCACCAUCAUAGGAGACCUCUUCUCUGGGGGUCGGCGUAGCAUCAUGAUCUCUAUCUUCUAUGUUUUCAUCCCUGUUGGAAGUGGGCUUGGCUACAUCGUAGGGGCAGGGAUUGCUUCUGUCACGACUGACUGGCGCUGGGCUCUCAGGGUCACUCCCAUCAUGGGUUUAGUGGGGCUCAUCUUGAUGGUCUUCUUGUGCCCCAACCCACCCAGAGGUGCUGCAGAAACCAAUGGAGGUGAAGUUACAGGCCAGAGCUCUUACCUGGAGGACAUAAAGUAUCUGCUAAAAAAUAAAAGCUAUGUCUGGUCAACACUGGGGGUGACGGCUCUAGCCUUCCUCACUGGAGCCUUGGCAUUCUGGUUGCCCACCUUCCUUUCCAGGGCUCACAUCACUCAGAAACUUCAACCAAACUCUACCAAUGAGUCCUGCGACUCCUCAGACAGUUAUAUCUUUGGUGCUGUGACAGUGGCGACAGGCAUUCUUGGAGGGGCUCUCGGUACUAUCUUAUCCAGACAAUUUGGGGAAAAGGUGCUGCAUGCGGACCCGCUAAUCUGUGCAGUGGGGAUGAUGGGAUCGGUGCCUUGCCUUUUUAUCAUCAUUUUUGUUGCAUCUGCAAGCAUUCCAGCCACUUAUGUUUUUAUUUUCUUGGGUGAGUUAUUGCUCUCACUGAACUGGCCUGUCCUGGCUGAUAUACUGCUGUAUGUUGUUGUACCAACCAGAAGGGCCACAGCUGAAGCUCUGCAGAUUACAGUCGGUCAUCUCCUUGGUGAUGCUGGGAGUCCUUACCUUAUAGGAGUGAUCUCAGACGCCAUUAACGCAACUAAACCCCAUACCGAUGAGUGGAACUUCCACAGUCUGAAGUACAGCCUCCUGUUCUGCCCAUUUGUGGGGAUCCUGGGUGGGGUGUUUUUUCUCAUUACUACCCUUUACAUCACUGAAGACAGAAAAGCAGUCCAGCAAUUGACUGAAGAAGAUCCCCGGCCACAACAGGGUCCUACACCCGAGUCAUCUAUGGAACAGAGCAGCAAGAGUGCUGCAUAAAGCUGAGCUAAAGCAGUUGCUCUAUUAAUAUUCAGUAUAGCUGAUGUGAAGUUUGAAGCCACAUGUUUGGAUAAUUGGUGUUUGAGCUCACUUGAAGAGUCUCCGUUUUUGUCAUUUUUCACCCACACACUGUUAAUAAAUGAAGAGAAAAGUUCCCACUUUCACACCAUGAAAUUUUUGUGUGGUCUCUUGUUCAUUUAGCUUCAAACUGCAGCUUCAAGUUUUAGUUGUUCAGCACAAAUUCACAGAUCUGUCUCAGAGGUAUUUAUUUCAGUGUGUGCAGAAAUAACUUAAAAUUCAGCUAUUAUUAUUAUUUAAUUUUUAAACUGUGAACCUUUUAGAUUUUUGCUCACAGCGGUACCUCAGAGUAUUUUCACUGUGCACGUGGUCUUUGUCACAAUCACAAUAUUGCCUUCAUUUUGAGUGGUACUGUGCAGUUUACUUGAAAAGUAUUUUUAAUUAUAUUUUUUCUGUAAAUAUGAUUUUUUAUGUCUCAAUAAAUUUGCAAGUGAAAUGUU